AUCAUAGCAAAAAAGUAACAUUUCCUGCCUCAUUUCCUUCCAGUCCUGUCCAGUCUCUCUCUCCAGAAUAUAUUCAGCAGCAAUCAUUCACAUCACCAAAAUGGUGCUGUAUAUAUGUAUGUCCACACGUAUCUAGCUACAAAAUCUUUUAACACAAUGAAAUCCACUCACAUCUUCACCACCCACAGCCAUGGCUCCGUCUCCCUCCUCUUCUUCUUACUCGUUCUCUCCCUUUCUCCAGCGGCAGCCCAACCAAGCCCCAAUCCAGACAACAUGUACCCGCGCUUCAGCCCCUCCAUGGCCGUCAUCAUCGCCAUCCUCGUCGCCGCCCUCUUCUUCAUGGGCUUCUUCUCCAUCUACAUCCGCCACUGCUACGACGCCUCCGCCGGCUCCAACGUCGGAGCCGCCCUCCGCCGCGGCAGCCUCUCCCUACACGCCCGCCGCACCGCCGCCCGCGGCCUCGACGCGUCGGCGAUCGAGGCCCUCCCGACCUUCUCCUACUCCGAGGUGAAGGACCACAAGAUCGGCAAGGGCGCGCUCGAGUGCGCCGUCUGCCUCAACGAGUUUGAAGACGAAGAAACGCUGCGUUUGCUCCCCAAAUGCGACCACGUCUUCCACCCCGACUGCAUCGACGCCUGGCUCGCCUCCCACACCACCUGCCCGGUCUGCCGGGCUAAUCUCGCCCAGCACACCGAUUCCGACCCGGUCCAGCCGGAGGAGACCGAUCCUCCGGUUGAGGCUGACCAAUCCAGAGACGACGAGAUUGUAAUCCAAGUGGACGAAGAUGAUCAUCCGCAGCCGUCUGAGCGAAACCUGAGUUUCGAAACACCGAACCGGCCGGUGAGGUCGUGGUCGAUUCGGAGGCCGAAGAUGCUCGGGUUUGGUAAGUACCGGUCGCACUCGACCGGGCACUCGCUUGUCCAACCGGGUGAGAAUCUUGACCGGUUUACACUGAGGUUGCCCGAGGGAGUGAGGAAGGAGGUGAUGGACCGGGCAACGCUGAACCGGACUAGAAGCCUCGCGGCGGGGCUACAAAGGGAAAGUAGUUCGAGGAAAGGCUACCGGGCCGGGAGGUUCUAUAAGCGGCUCGAGCUGCCCGGUCGGGGAGCCAACUCGGACCGGUGGGUGUUUUUCACGAGAGGGAUAUCGUUCCGAUCGCCGAGGGUGGUGGCUGACAGCGGCGAAGGGUCCAGCUCAAAGAGGAGCGGCGGGAAGACGCCGGUGAAGAUGCCGUCGUUCAAGUGCUUGGAACCAAAGACGGACGGAGAUGAAAACCGGCCGUUUUCGGAGCCGCCGCCAGUUUAGGGGAAUUAGUUAGUCAAAUUUGGCGGAAAGAUGUAUUAUGGCAUGGAGAGGCAGUUGGCAGAGAAGACAAGGUUCGGUGGGUCCCGCAAGGGUAGAAAAAAAGUCUAAAUUGGCUAUUUUCUAAUUGGAAUCGGAUUCUAGAUUAACUGUGCUUUUAUUUUUGGUUUAUUUUUUUUCGUCCACACGCUGCACAUGCAUUUAUUCUUCUUUUUUAAUUGACUAUAUAACUGUUUAUUAUUCAUUGAUUUGUAGCACAGUAUAUCAUUUUUGUGCAAGUUUGAGGAUGAGAGUAGGAAGUCGAUGCUGUAAAUUCUUUUA